GGCAGCGUCGGGUCAGCUGACAGAUCCGGGGUCGGCCCGUGUGCUGUUUACUUUCCCAUGAUGGUCGCGGUUCUCUGAAUGAAUGCAGCGCUAUGCGUCGCCGCGUGGAAUCAUGGUAGUCGUCAACUCGGUGCUGAAGCUCGUCCAGCGGCAGACGUACACAUGCCUGUCGCACCGCUACGGGCUCUACCUCUGCUUCGGGGGCAUCGUCCUCAUGAUCGUUUCCGCCUUCCAGUUCGGAGAGGUGGUGGUUGAGUGGAGUCGAGACCAGUAUCAUGUUCUGUUUGACUCCUACAGAGAUAACGUGGGUGGAAAAUCUUUCCAAAGCAGGCUCUGUCUGCCCAUGCCCAUCGACGUGGUGUACACGUGGGUGAACGGCACAGACACGGCUCUGCUGAAGGAGCUGAAGACGGUCAAAGAGCAGCUGGAGGAGGAACAAAGAGCUCUGAGGGAACGUCUGGGGAAAAAUAUAAGCGAGACAACUGAAGUCCCAAAAGACAGUGGUAAGCAAGAAUGUCUCCUGUCCCACUGCAUCCUGGCGCCCAUGCUGGCCCUGGACCCCGCCCUGCCGGCCAACGUCUCCCUCAAAGAGCUGCCGUCGCUCUCCGCCGCCUUCGCCGCCGCCAAAGAGCUGCAGCUGAUCACCAAACCCUUGGUGUCUGUGGUCGUCUUCCACUCGCAGGCUGACGCUGAUAAAGCCUUUACAGAUGUGUCCAGAGAAGAGCAGAAAUUCACGGUGUCCAGAUGUUACCUGACGACCGAUAAAGAAGCUCCAGGUCUGAUCCGCAUGCAGACUCUGGCGUAUCUGAGCGGCUUCCCGGCGUCCUAUAAGGAGACGGAGACGCUGAGAGUCAAACUCCCCUCGGUCAUAACCAGCAAGAUCAAACAGUUUGAGUUGUACUCGGAGGCAAGCAUCGCCCUGCUCCACCUGAACACCCAGCAGGACUUCUCUGACCUGACGCAGCAGGCGAAGAAGAACCUGACCCUGGACGGGAAAGAGUUAACCAUCAGCCCCGGCUACCUGUUCUGGGACCUCACCGCCAUCUCUCAGUCCAAACACGAUGAAGACGUCUCCGCCAGCAGAUUCGAGGACAACGAGGAGCUCCGCUACUCGCUGCGCUCGGUGGAGCAACACGCCCCCUGGGUGAGGCACAUCUUCAUCGUCACCAACGGGCAGAUUCCCUCCUGGCUCAACCUGGACAACCCCAGAGUCACCGUGGUCUCACAUCAGGACAUCUUCCAGAACCGCAGCCACCUUCCCACCUUCAGCUCUCCGGCCAUAGAGACCCACAUCCACCGCAUCCCGGGGCUCUCCCAGAAGUUCAUCUACCUCAACGACGACGUGAUGUUUGGCAAGGAGGUGUGGCCGGACGACUUCUACAGCCACUCCAAAGGACAGAAGGUGUAUCUCACCUGGCCGGUUCCUAACUGUGCUGAGGGCUGCCCAGGCUCCUGGAUCAAAGAUGGCUACUGUGACAAAACUUGCAAUAACUCUUUGUGUGACUGGGAUGGAGGAGACUGCCAGGGCUCAUCUGGGAACGGUCGGUUCGCCCCGGGUGUAGGUGGCGAGCCCGGUGUGGGGGCCGGACAUCUGUGGCAGUACGGAGGUGGUAUCGGAGGACUCGGGGGGACGUCCUAUUGCAAUCAAGGCUGUGCCAACUCCUGGCUGGCUGACAAGUUCUGCGACCAGGCCUGCAAUGUCCUGGCGUGCGGCUUCGACGUGGGCGACUGUGGCAAAGAGCAUUUUGACGAGCUGCACGGUGUGACCCUCCAGAGGAACCGGACCCUCUACACCCUCCCCCUGGGAGAGGUCAGGCCAUAUUUCAGCUUCAAAAGUUUCGCCCGCAGAGUGUCCGAGGCCCAGGUCAGCGACAACCCGGUGGUCCGUCACACCUCUGUCGCCAACAAGUGGCAGACCGUGCACUUGCUUCUUUAUCCCGGGCACAACGCCACGCAGAUCCAGUACAACCUCACCUUCCAAGGAUACGACGCCACGGAGUUCACGAUGACUUUCGGUGUAGCUAUCGACACCCGCGAGGUUCCUCUCGCCAACGUGUCCAAGACCACGAGCAAAGACGAGAGCAUAGAGCCAAAGCCGACGCUGGCUCCUGAGCCCGUUGUGGCUUUCUCCGAUGUUCCAGAGGACAAACGAGGUCCGAGGAUCCAGACGAGGCAGCAGCAGAUCUUCAUCGAGGUCCCUUCACUGAACGUGUCACUUUUACCAGCUGUCGUCCGCACUGAGCUGCAGAAGCUGGAGGAGAAGCUGCUCAACGGGGACAUUACUGUGAAGGGUUUUAACCACACGAAGGCCGAGCUUCUCAAACCUUUCAAGAGAGCUCAACAGCAGCAGGUCGCUGAUGAGGGUGAAGCCAGGGUUCAGAGGAAGCCUUAUAAAGACCUGGAGGGAGAGCCAAAUCAAGAAGCUGAAAGUAUCAUUCAGCAAAAUCACAACGCAAAUAAAGACGCGGCUUUGAAAGAACCACCGGUCACUCCUCUUGUCCCCGUCCUCAUCGAUGAUGUGCACAAAGAGCUGGAAACAUCUAAACCUCCCGUGAAAGCCGCCAUCGAAAAACCUUUCAAGCUGCUGAAGGAAAUCUCCAAAAUCAGAAGUGCUGAGAGUCAGAAUGAUCCGACCAACGCUGCAGGAGGAGGAGCUCCAGGCGGGAGGAGGCUCCAGCACUUCACCUCCUCAGAUCGAGGCUUCCUGCCCUGGGAGAAGAGGAAGUACUUCCAGGGACUACUUGAGGAAGGGGAGCGUCUGAAGAAAGAGCUGAUGUACGUGACCGACGGCGGCGCCACAGCCCGGAGGCUGCGGGACACUUUUGGCGAAUCCCUUCGCUACGUCAACAAGCUGCUCAACAAGCAGUUUGGCUUCACGUCCCGCAAAGUCCCGGCACACAUGCCACACAUGAUCGACCGACUCAUCAUGCAGGAGAUGCAGGACACAUUCCCAGAGGAGUUUGACAAGACGUCCGCCCACCACGUGCGUCACUCGGAGGACAUGCAGUUCGCCUUCUCGUACUUCUACUUCCUGAUGAGCGCCCAGCAGCAGCUCAACGUCUCCGAGGUGUUUGACGAGAUUGACACGGAUCACUCGGGCGUUCUGUCCGACCGGGAGAUUCGAACUCUCGCCACAAGGAUCCACGAGCUGCCCCUCAGCCUCCAGGAUCUGACAGGUCUGGAGCAGAUGUUGAUCAACUGCUCCAAGACUCUCCCGACUAACCUGACCCUGCUCCACCUGGUGAACCCCACUCAGGAGACCUACUACGACCCCAGCAUGCCUCCUGUUACAAAAGGCCUCGUCCUCCACUGUCAGCCCAUCACAGAACGCGUCCUCAAAGCCUUCAGAGAACAGAAUAAGUACAAGUUCGAGAUCAUGGGAGAGCAGGAGAUAGCGUUCAAGAUGGUGCGCACCAACGUGUCGCAUGUGGUCGGCCAGUUAGACGACAUCAGGAAGAAUCCGAGGAAGUUCAUCUGCCUCAACGACAACAUCGACCACAGCCACAAAGACGCUGCCACAGUGAAGGCUGUGCUCAGAGACUUCUACGAGUCCAUGUUCCCGCUGGCGUCCCAGUUCGAGCUGCCCAGGGAAUAUCGCAACAGGUUCCUGCACAUGGACGAGCUCCAGGAGUGGCGGAUUUAUCGAGACAAGUUGAAGUUCUGGACGCACUGUGUCCUCGUGACGCUCGUCAUCUUCACCGUCUUGUCCUUCUUCGCCGAACAGCUCAUCCUCCUGAAGAGGAAGCUGUUCCCCAGACGCAGAGUGAACCAGGACAUCAACCCCGAGCGGGUGUGAUACAGGGAGACCUCCCUCUCCUCCUCCUUUCUGCACUUCCACCUCCGCCCCUCUCUCCUCCCGGCUCAGUCGGGUGGAUCCAGACGAGGAGUGGAAACAGGAACCCGACGUCCUCGCCGCUCGUGUUUCAUCAGCACGGCCGGACGACAGACACUCACACGUGAGAUGUGGCGAUGAGACGUUUUUUAUUUCAGAAGAUGAUGGACGGGGCUGGCCGACGAACGAAAUGAUGAGAAGCCUGUGCAUCUUCAUGUCGUCCACUGGGGGCGUCAGAGACUCUCACACAGACAAACCAUAAAACACUUCCCCUCCUGCAGGGCACCACUCCUCAUGUCCCGUCCUCUGUGUCAGUGAUCGAUGUGUUGAGGUGUCAAACACUUGAUCGGACUGUGUGUGUGUGUGUGUGCGUGUGUGUGUGUGUGUGUGUGUGUGUGUGUGUGUGUGUGUGUGUGUGUGUGUGUGUGUGUGUGUGUGUGUGUGUGUGUGUGUGUGUGUGUGUGUGUGUGUGUGUGUGUGUGUGUGUGUGUGUGUGUGUGUGUGUGUACACCUGGAACAAAUCAUUUCAACUAUUUAAAAAAGAUAUUAAUCACGAAGUCCGAAAGCCAGACAAGCCAAAAAUGAUGGUACUCCUUAAAGCUCUUAUUUUCUACUCUUUCCUCUUAAAUCUUCAUAAAUCAAUUAACUUGAUGGUACAGACAGUUUUUUCGAAGAUGUCGCUUUUUUCACAAUUUUAUAGACAAAACGAUGAAUUGAUAAAAGAUCGGGUUGGUAAGUUGUUUCUCUUCUCUCACUUUUUAAUCAUCUUAUUUAUCUUAUUUGUUGAAAUCCUCGUCACGUCCCGAUAGCCAGUCGUCUGAAAAUUGAUCUGCAGAUGAAGAAGAUUCUAACUUGGUGUUUGGUUGUGUGGCGUUUACCUCGAUGGCUUUAUUUUAAAGGAAAGGUGCGUGAAGUACCUAGAGGACGAAUAAGGAGUAAUUCAUUUGCGUGUCGUUUUACGUCCAUUGUCGUUCAACCAUGAAAACUUGAAGUGCCUUCUUUGUUCAUUCCUGCUCAUUUGAACAUUAGUUUUUUUUUUAAACGUCUGAUUAUAAACAUUAACCCGUGCACAUCACACCCUGACCUAGUGAUGUACAAUGGGAAUGAAUGGGAAACAGGAUAAUAUAAUGAUCAUUCUUACUCUGGUACCAAUGCAUCUGAUUGUCGGAGCUACGUGAUGCUGCACCUGUCAUGGCCGCCUGCACGUGUGUCCCUGUGGGACUCGACAGGAUCGCCGCUGUCUGAAAUUCAGACGCCCUCGGCAUGUUCUCCGACUCACUUUCAUUGUUGUCGUGAGACAAGCGACGUGUGCGUCCGAUGUGAAUGCUGCUCGUCACCUCUUCAUGACCUUUAUCUCUGAAUGUCACUUUUACUAACUUUCUUUACUAUAAUAAUGUCAAAUCGACACGGAGGCGACUCCCAGAUGUUGUCAGCGCUUUGCCUCUGAGUCAUGUGAUUCCUCGGGGGGGGGCGGCGUCACCGGGCGAGGCAGGCGAGCCGAUGAGUCGUGUGUUUUGGAAAUGUGGUUAUGAUGAUUGCAUCAGUGGAGCAGUUCCUCUGACUGAAAUAAAAGUGGUUUGGUUAUGUCCUCUAAA